UAAGAGCACGUUGAGUCACCUGACAGAUAUCAGCCUAUCAUAUCCGAGAGGAUAGGCGAACGGCUAGUGCAGUGGAGAGUUGUCAGGAUUUAGCUUCGGUGUGUCAAAACGGGAACGACGGCGGUUAUUUUUGUGCAAUGCCGAAUAAAGCGAAAAAAGAGAAGGACUCUCCUAAAUAUGGAAAAGUUGGCAAAACUGGAGGACAAGAGAACUCGGACAUUGAGCAGGGCUCCAACAGAAAAGGCAGUAACAGUGUCCCUCCUACCACUCAGCUGCUGAAGGGCAAGCAGCUGGGUUCCCAGAUGCCUGUCAAGAAGGACAAGAGGCAGAGCUCGUCCCGCUUCAGCCUCAGCAACAACAGAGAGCUGCAAAAGCUGCCCGCCUUCAAAGAUGUCCCUGCGGCGGAGCAGGAGAAGCUGUUUGUCCAGAAGCUGCGUCAGUGCUGUGUCCUCUUUGACUUUUUGUCGGAUCCUCUGAGCGACCUGAAAUGGAAGGAGGUGAAGCGGGCUGCGCUCAGCGAGAUGGUGGAGUACAUCACCCACAACAGGAACGUCAUCACAGAGCCCAUCUACCCAGAGGUGGUGCACGUGUUUGCAGUGAACAUGUUCAGGACGUUGCCUCCAUCGUCCAACCCCACAGGGGCGGAGUUUGACCCGGAGGAGGAUGAGCCCACGCUAGAGGCAGCGUGGCCACACCUACAGCUCGUCUACGAGUUCUUCCUCCGGUUUCUAGAGUCUCCAGACUUUCAACCAAAUGUAGCCAAGAAGUAUAUCGACCAGAAAUUUGUAAUGCAGCUAUUGGACCUGUUUGACAGUGAAGACCCCAGGGAAAGGGACUUUCUAAAGACCACUCUGCAUCGCAUCUACGGCAAGUUCCUGGGCCUGAGAGCGUACAUCAGGAAACAGAUAAAUAACAUAUUUUAUAGCUUCAUUUAUGAAACGGAACAUCAUAAUGGAAUAGCAGAGUUAUUGGAAAUAUUAGGAAGCAUAAUCAAUGGGUUUGCCUUACCGUUGAAAGAGGAGCACAAGAUAUUCCUGUUGAAGGUGUUGCUGCCUUUACACAAAGUCAAGUCCCUUAGUGUCUAUCACCCGCAGCUGGCGUACUGUGUGGUGCAGUUUCUAGAGAAGGACAGCACCCUCACGGAACCGACAGUGAUGGCUCUUUUGAAGUACUGGCCAAAGACCCACAGUCCAAAGGAGGUGAUGUUCCUCAACGAGCUGGAGGAGAUUUUGGAUGUCAUCGAACCCUCUGAGUUUGUCAAGGUCAUGGAGCCCCUCUUCAGACAGCUGGCCAAGUGUGUGUCCAGCCCACACUUCCAGGUGUGUUAUGUUGUUUGCUCAAGUGUUGUGUGUUGCGUGCUUGUGCGUGUGUUAGUGGUUAUGUGUGCUAAGACGUUACCUGACCAAGGAUUCCUCAUGUGUCAGGUGGCAGAGAGAGCGCUGUACUACUGGAACAACGAGUACAUCAUGAGUCUGAUCAGUGACAAUGCCGCCAGAAUCCUCCCUAUCAUGUUCCCCUCGCUCUACCGCAACUCCAAGACCCACUGGAACAAGACAAUCCACGGUCUGAUCUACAAUGCCCUGAAGCUCUUCAUGGAGAUGAACCAGAAGCUAUUCGACGACUGCACACAGCAGUUCCGAGCAGAGAAGAACAAAGAGAAGGCCAAGUGGAAAGAGCGAGAAGAAGCGUGGGUGAAGAUCGAGAAUCUGGCUAAGUCCAAUCCUCAGUUCCUGGUGUACGUGGACCAGUCAGGCCUGGGUAGUCCCAUGGAGACAGACGGACCAAUGAUAGAGGACUUCAACAUGCUGAAGAAGACUAUAGAGGAAGAGGCCACACAGCUCCAGAGGAACGAGCGUAAGGAGCGUCCACUGGUCAGGAGGAAGUCUGAGCUGCCUCAAGACAUUUCCACCGUCAAUGCCCUGGAGACGCACCGGAGGGCCGAGGACAUGGUAACACCACACGACGGCCACUAGAGACCACACACAGUACAGUCCGAUUCACACUGACAGUCCGAUGCACACUGACAGUCCGAUACGGACGGAAGGACACGACAGACGGACCAGCACAGAAGAGAAGAGAACAGAAUGACCUGGCUGAAAAAAUCUGGAGCUCAAACCAAACUCUACUUAGCCCAGUCCAACUAUGACAGUUGAUCCCCAGUCCACUCCAGCCCUGCGCAACAGAUGUCAAUGGCACAGGACGUUAUGGCAUGACCAAACAUGACAUUGUUUCCCUCGCCCAACCUCCCUAUCCCUCUGUUCUGCUCUCGCUGUCUUGUAAAAGCGCUCUAGGGUGCAGUGGUGCCCCCUUCUGGUAAUUUCUCAGGUUUUCUUUUCUUGUUUUUAUUUGUUGGUUUCUGUUCUUUUUCUCUCAUUAAUGAUGUCAUGUGCUUUGGAAAUCCGACUGGCGAACAGACAUGUAUUAUAGGCACAUGCUGUACGUAAUGGCGAAGGAAGAAGCAGCUUGGUUGAAGACCACUUUUUAUUUUCUUCCCAUCUCUCUCUACUUGAGCAUAGAAAGGAAAGUGCCGUACUUCUUCCUCAGAGCCCCAUUACAUCUGCUUUUGCCAUGAGCUUUACCCUUCUCUCUCUGUGUGCAUUUUUCUUUGUUCUGCUAUGAUUGGAUAAGAGGAGAAGCAAGGGGGACAGUCGGCGGACUGUUGGUCAACAGACGUUGUUGUAAUGGAGUUGUGGUGGGGAUUUAAAUGUGCUGGCCUGAGGAAGGUUGAGGCUGAGGGACAGGAAGGGGUUCUUCUGUCCUCGACUGGAUAUCUGCUGGUCUGUACAAACAUAGUUUGGUGCCAACUUCACUUUUUUUUAUCUGAAUGAUAUUGUAGGCAAUAAGUUGACCCAGGUUGCAGUGUGUUUGGGUUGUUCACACAAUGGUCAAUGGUUUUCUGGAUCCAUUGGAGUUUACUGUCCAUGUAAAAACAAAAGACACAGACUCCGUCUGUGUACUUCACAAUCCCCAUCAGUCUUUCAGUCCUCAUUAAUAUUGAUCAAUGUCAUCCAACUCCUGUCAUGUUAUUGAUGUGAAAACUCCAAGGUCUAAUUUUAUAGUUCAGUGUUUACAGACUCCCAUUUUGAGUUUUAGUGUGUGGGACAAGAGGAACUGAACUGGGCUACACACAGAGGAAUACUCAUGGCUGGUUUUUCUACUCUUCAUAACCAAAACCCCUUUCUUUCUGAUGUUGCUGUUUUGUGUUAGCAAGUAGUAGGCUAGUUCAGCCAUAUAAAGACCAUUCUGUCUGGAGAAACCGAGUCGAAUUUGAACACAAGCCUUUCUUUUCAUAGUGCCUUUAUUGUACAUGGGGGACAUCGGCUAAACUGGGAAAGAAUAGAAGGCUAACGUUAUUUGAAGGCCAAACCAUGUUAAAUUCAUUAUUAGCUUCCUAACAGACCAGAGAGAGAGAGACGUCGAAACACACUGCCCCAGAGUAUUGUUAAAUCUACAAAGCUGAUGAUGAUGGUGGUCAAGCUAGAGAGGAGUGGAGUAGCCCCAAUGACUUAACAUGGAAGGACUUCCUGAUUUUUAAAACAUGAACAAUAAAAAUAUCCAAAAUGAGUCAGUCAUGCUGUGUAGUCUGCUCGGUUCUGUCAGUCCCUCUGUGUGCCCGAUGAAUAACGUGUAUAGAAGGAUGCUUCCCAAUUAACCUCUAAUUCCCCGUUCCAUUUAGGAUCUAUCCCAAAUGGCAACUUAUUCCCCUAGAGCACUAUAGACCUUGAUCAAAAGUAGUGCACUAUAUAGGAAAUAGUGUGCCAUUUGAGAUUCUAUCAAGAGUAUUGAUGUCUGUUGCAGUACCAUUGUUUGCGCCCCCAGACAGACAAGAACUCUGGCUGUAUCUCUGUAGAGAAGCUCACCAUCCAGGUGGUGCUGCUGUGUAUGUUUGUGUGUGUGAGACUGCUUCGGGAUUCUUGCAGGGUCUAUUCCUUUGCCUGCAAAUUCUAUUAUUUGCCUGUUCAAAUUGAAUGUGCAAAUGGUAGAUUUACUACCAUGAUCACGUUUUGCGGCUUCUUUUUUGUUUCUUUUUUUUAGAAGUAACAUUCACCCAUUUAUGCCAUCCCCUUCCACUCCCAACUAUUUUGCUGUACAAUUACUAGAAGGAAGUCUAGAGUGCUUUAUUGAUGGCACAAACAACUGGAUGGCUCCAGGGUUGUGGUCAAUUCACUUACAAUUUCAUAAAUUAAGGAAGUAAACUUAAAUUCCAAUUCAUUGCUUCUCAAAGAAGAGAAUUGGCUCUUCAGUUGACUUCCUGAAUUGACAAAGUAGAAUGGUUCCCAACCCUGUCUGUUCCAAUGUCCUGAGAACCGAGGACUUCACUUUGGUGAUAUCAAAUGGCUUUAAUAUUAUAGUUUCUUUGGAGCCCUCUUUAUAUUUUACGUAAGCAUUUUUUUUUUUUUUCAAAAGAAUAAUACUGCAAGUGUCCUUUUAGUAGACAUCCUGUACUAAAUGGCUUUAUCUACUAUUUUAUUUGAUCUGUGUAUUAUUAAAUGGUAGAUGCCCCUGUGUACAUACAGGAAACAAAGGUUAUUAGCUACUGCAGACAGUUUGGAUGUGGCACAGACUACAAUAUGUGACUAUUUUGCAUUUAGAGCAGUUAAGAAUUUGAAUUAUAAUAUUUUUUUAUCGCUUUGUAAUUAAACAAUUUGUUUUACAGCAUUUAAAAAAUGUGAAGUGAUCCUACAUUAGCAUUUUGUGAGCGCUUUUAUAAAAAAAAAAACAGCUGUGUACAUCAACAUAUAUGGUAAAUAAAGAAUGUGUUUUUUAUAUUUUCAUCCAAGAACA